AAAGAUUAAAAGAGGUAAAAAUAGCGUUGAUAUAGUCACUUAAAAAAAAAACUUUAUUUAUAAGAUGGUUCAGUCGCAAGCCCUGAUGAGACCAGCCCUGUGACGUAGUCAGAUGCCCUCCUUCUAACCAAUGGUAGAAGCGGAGUGCCAGGGGAGGAGGAGCCGGAAUGUGUUGAUGUGUUUUCCCGCCCGUACGUCACUGGCCGUCUGACUGGUCGAUACUAGCAAUGGGAGCUUACAUCAGCUGGUGACAGAAGGGAUUUUACUGGUCUGGAAACCAGAGUCGAUUCGGAGACGACAUUUGCACCGUCUCCCUGACUGACGUGGUUCAUUUUCGUGGAACUGUCAGUUGGCAGAUAUGGUGAGGAACGGAGUGAUGACGGAGCUGCAGACCAUCCAGCAUUCUCUUCAGGGUAACUCCCUGGCGUUUGGCCAAGUGGGGCAAAACUCUGGGGUAAAUCAGGACAAUGGGGUCACGGAAGAAAGACAACACCUCCCUCACGGCCCAACAGAGACGAGCCAGCCAAUGAACAUCCCAGAUGCUGCUAAAAGGAAGAAAAAGAAAAGGAGUCGAGCAGCAGACAGCUCCACUAGCACUUUUGAUGAUUUGUACAAACUGACAGAUGAGGUACUUGGUCAGGGGGCGUUCGCUAAAGUUCAAGGAUGUGUGAGUCUGCAGAAUGGCCAAGAGUUUGCAGUAAAGAUCAUAGAAAAGAGUGCAGGUCACAGCCGCAGCAGAGUAUUCCGGGAGGUUGAAACUCUCUACCAGUGCCAAGGAAACAAAAACAUUUUGGAACUGAACCAGUUUUGUGAAGACAGCUCCUGCUUUUAUUUGGUGUUUGAAAAGCUGCGUGGUGGAUCCAUUCUUACUCACAUCCAGAAUCGAAAGCACUUUAAUGAACUGGAGGCCAGCAGAGUCGUCAGGGACAUCGCCCAAGCGCUGGACUUUCUACACACAAAAGGGAUCGCCCACAGAGACCUCAAGCUGGAAAAUAUUCUGUGUGAGUUCACCGAUAGGGUGUCGCCCGUAAAAAUCUGCGACUUUGACCUGGGUAGUGGCGUUAAGCUGAGCAGUGCCUGCACUCCCAUCACGACCCCUGAACUCACCACACCGUGUGGCUCUGCGGAGUACAUGGCUCCAGAGGUGGUGGAGGUCUUUACGGACGAGGCCUCCUUUUAUGACAAGCGCUGCGACCUGUGGAGUCUCGGCGUCAUUCUUUACAUCCUGCUGAGUGGAAGCCCCCCCUUCACGGGCCACUGUGGUACCGACUGUGGUUGGGACAGAGGAGAAACCUGUAAAGCGUGCCAGAGUCAGCUGUUUGAGAGCAUCCAGCAGGGAAAGUACGAGUUUCCAGACAAAGACUGGGCUCACAUCACAGACGGAGCCAAAGAUCUGAUCUCCAAGCUGCUGGUUCGGGACUCCACUCAGCGCCUCAGCGCCGCUCAGGUUCUCCAGCACCCCUGGGUGCAGGGGAACGCUCCAGAGAGAAGUCUUCCAACUCCUCACGUUCUGCAGAGAAACAGCAGCACCAAAGAUCUCAGCCAGUUCGCUGCAGAAGCCAUCGCCUUCAACCGGCAGCUCUCCCAGCAUGACGAGCAGCAGGAGGACGUGGGGGCCAUCAUCUGCUCCAUGAGGCUCUCCCCUCCCGCCAACUCCAGGCUGGCCCGCCGCCGAGCGCAGUCCCUGCAGAACCGGGGCUUCGCUGGCGUUUCCGACGACCCCGGAGCCUGAAGCGCCACCUCUCCGGGUUUUUGUGUUUGUUGACGUCUGCCUGAUCCUUUUGCAUCCUCUGGACCUUCAUGUGACGGACGAGUUCUCCUCUAUGGCCAGUAACCUCCUCCGGAGCGACGGUUCUUCCUCGACCGACACUUCCUGAGUGAGAGUUAAGAUUCCUCAGCUUUAAGAAGAGUUCGUCUUAUGGGAAAUAGAUUUUAUUCUUUAAAUUAUUAUCUUAAUACAUAUAUUUAUGGGAUCUUUAAAUUACAAUAUGUGAACAUAUCAGGGAUGCAGAAGAACACAUAUGUUUUUAUUCUUAGUUAAGCUCCAUUUUUAUUACAGAAGGAGGUUGGUGUGAUGGUUUUAUUUUGAAAAGACAAAGUCAUCCUUUGGUAAACUACACCUGAAUACCUGAGAGUUUUUACAGGAGGUUUAAAGAGAAAUUUAAAGUUUCAGUUGUAGCACGGCUGUACUUUAAAAUGAGAGGGAGAAUAUUAUAGUAAUGACUUUAUCAGUGUUUUACUGUAGUCUGGAUGACAUUAAUGUGAAACUUUAUUUACUGUAUUAUUAUUAAAUAAUAAUAAUUUGGUAUUAAAUAAUAGUUUGCUGUACUGUGAGGAAGAAGCAGAUAAAGUCUUACAUUCAUCAGUUUUCCACUUUAUUUUGAAACUUUUUUAUCUGUUGUAUUUAAAUCAAUCUUUAUUUCUCCUUUUUUUACCUUGUAAACUUUGUUUUACCUGACAAACAACACUUCCCCCUGACUUCAGACUGUUGCCAUGGACACCGUAUCCCUAUAGCAACUAAGGGCCUUCGCGGGCCGGCAGGAACCAACAGAGAUCUGUUGCAUUAGGAACCGACCACUUGCUGUAUUAAAUCCCCGGCAGUCCCAUUAUGAGCCACAAAAGAAGGUGUUUGUUUCCCCCGUCGGCUUGUAAUGGCGUCGGCGUUGACGAUUACGGAGUUUCCACUCAGCUCUAAUGGGGUUCUAUGCAUAAAGCUCUAAUGUGUGCAGCGGCGGUUGAUGGAGGAGCUGUGGGCUCAAUAAAGACGACCUGAAUUAA